AUGUCUUCCACCGCACCGGAAGCCUACUACUUCGCCAUGAUAGCGGCAUACCCAUACCUAUCACAGAUAUUGACCGACAUCACACGGAAAUCCUUUCCCUCUUCCUUUAUCAAUGGAGGACCGGCUCCGGACUGGAAAUUUCCGACGAGCUAUGAGCUCUGGGACAUACUUUACCACUGCUCCCAGUCAAUGCUCGAAGAAGUGACAAACAGAGUCCGGUCAGUCUCCAGUGCGUACAACGCCGAGCGGGAAAACACAGCCCCAGAGAUAUCGCAACAGGUCCAUGAGGCCCAGAAUGCCCACAGCACAUCCAAGGACUUCCCGUCCGCGGAGAUCUCGUAUGUUGCCCCCAAAUCAGUCGUCAACUCGUCCUCUCUACCUCCUCCCUCGACGCCCCAGAGGGUGUCCACGAGCCGACUAGUCCCAGCCCAGCCGACGGGGUCCACGAGGCGACCGCUGACACGAGACAUUCAACGGAGCCGCCCAAAUGACAAUUUGCGGGGACUCACCGCCAGCAGCACCAGCCGCGUGGGGAAGAAGUCACGGCCAACAGGGAGAGAAAGAGCAAAAGCAACAAACCAGCGCAUCUCAGGCGUGCAGAGAAUGUUGAGUGAGACGGUCGAGGAGUCGUCUGCCACUGCGGCAAGCCCCGCUUCCACUGUCCUGGAUGACACGUUCUGUUACAACACCCCAUCCUCCUCGCCUAGCUGCCCCACAGAAGGCGAGACUACCCCUGCCAGCAGUGCCAGCACGCUUGCUUCCAGCAUGUCCUCCGACCAGUUGGACGAUUCUAUAGCCUCGAAAGACACAACCCCUCCAGGCAGUGCCAGCACGCUUGCAUCCAGCAUGUCCUCUGACCAGUUCAAACAGUCUAUAGCCUCGACGCAAAAGUCCUUUACGCUACUGACGCUGUCCCCGACCCGAAAGACGUCGACGACGACAAUGACCAAAACGAAUACGCCAACGAGUAGGAGGAAGCAGCAGCAAUCAACAGUGUUUAAGGGGGGCUCCAUCGGGGGCCGUGUGAAAAAGAGGGUGCUGCCAGAGAAAGUGAGAGCACAACAAGCACACCACAGCAUGCCACUCGUCAGACAGCCAAAAAUCGAGACAUCAGAAAAGGAUAGCAGUCCGAGCGUCUCCCCUUCGAUCGACACACUUCCUCCCAGCGGCGCCAGCGGCACGCUCCUCCCCAUCGAGGAACUCAACCACAACCUUUCUCCACCACUGUCGCCAGUGGGGCCGCCCUCGUUCGAUGCUACGUUCGAACCGCCGUUCCGCACACCCACGGAUGCUGCCCCCGAAAACCCAGAGCGGGCAAGCACGGGAAGGAGGAGCAUCGGCAGCGUGGGCCGCAUAACUAAAAACGCAAUCAGACAUGUGCGUGGAGAUCCAUCGAAGCGGAACAUCAAUGAGACGGCAGGACUGUCCAGAAAGCUGCUGGAGCAGGAGCGGCGGCGACACGGCUUCGGAGCGCUGGACAGGGAGCCGUCGGCGGGCGCAGGACGGGAUAGUGGUACGCGGCCAGGUCGGCACAGCCUGCUGACCCGUCGAAAUAUCAAGGCAGAAGUGCGAAAGACGGCAGAAUCGAAACCGCCGUGGCUAUCAGAUUACCCAUUGCGUCGCAUCGCCACGAUCCGCUGA